AUGAGUCGAACAGAGCCUCACCACUGGGAGAACGGGGUGCCGGUUUUUCGGCCAAAUUACGACGAAUUUAGGGAUUUCCACGAGUAUAUGGAAAAGGUCAACAAGUAUGGCAGGAAAAGCGGUAUAGCGAAGGUAGUUCCGCCACAAGAGUGGUUAGAGCGGCUGGAAAAACCAAUGGGGGCCGACACGCUUCAGAAAAUUCGCAUCAGGUCGCCCAUCCAGCAGCAUUUUAACGGCUCCAAAGGCGUUUUCGUGGUGCAAAACGUGGAGAAAUCCAAGACCUACAACAUCAUACAGUGGAAAGAUCUGUCAUACGACUACCGACUUCCAGGCGGAACCAGUGAGCCCUCGGUGGAGGCUGGUGAAAAAUAUAACGACUCGUCCUCUGGCGAGCAGCACGAAGAGUCUGACGGCGUACGGAAGUCGCCCUCACCGCUGAAGUCGUCGAAGGUAAAGCUAAAGAACCACGAAAGCUUUUCUAGAGAAGACUACGAAAAGUUUGCAACCCACUACAACCACGACAAUCUGGGCGAGUUUAACGACCGCAACAGACUGCAGUUUCUGGAGUCGUAUUUCUGGAAAACCCUCGCCUUCACACCGCCCAUGUACGGUGCCGACACCCUGGGGUCGCUGUUCCAAGACGAUCUGGACGUUUGGAACGUUUCCAAGUUGCCCAGCCUGCUGGAUCAUGUGCGCACAAAAGUCCCUGGUGUCAACGACUCUUACCUCUACGCGGGUCUGUGGAAAGCGUCAUUUGCCUGGCAUCUAGAAGAUCAGGACCUGUAUUCUAUUAACUAUAUUCACUUCGGGGCACCCAAGCAGUGGUACGCGAUACCGCAGGAGAAGUCGGACAAAUUCUACAAAUUUAUGCAGGAGCAGUUCCCUGAGCAUGCGGCGAAAUGUGACGAGUUUUUGAGACAUAAGACUUUCCUGGUAUCGCCCAAAAUGCUGGAGAAAAAUGGGAUACCGUGCAACAAGAUCGUCCAUUAUCAAAACGAGUUUAUCAUUACGUAUCCCUAUGGAUACCACGCGGGAUUCAAUUACGGCUACAAUCUAGCAGAAUCUGUCAAUUUUGCAUUAGAGGAUUGGCUCGACAUAGGGUCGAAAGCCAAAAAAUGUCUGUGCGUUGAUGACGCAGUGGGCAUAGACGUUGAAAAACUGAAGGACGACUGGACCUCUACCAAAAACAAAAGGAGAAUCAACGACAUUAAGGAGGAAUGUGCCGAAAAUGACGGCUCCUCGAAGGAUAUCGUCAAGAAACUCAGGACUGAAGGCCAGUCAAGGGAUGAUGUCUUGAAACGAGAAAGGCCCGUGAAACCUGAUGAUUUAAAGAAGGAAAAGUCUAAUUUUGAGGUUGUUUGCCCUACACCUGCACGUUCCUUGGCGUUUAACAGACUUUCCGACCGGGAAACAACAAAAAUGAAGGGCUUCAAUGAAUUACUACAUCACAGCUCUUAUGAGCUACAGAGUAUGGAAGAUAACGCUCAACAGAGCGCUCUACGGUCAACAACCCCCAACCCUGGCCAGUACUACAGUGGACUCAGUCAAUCACUAAGCCGAAUCUCGUCACCACUCCUUUCUCGCAUGAUGGAUUUAUCCAAUAUUGUAGAGCCAACGCUAGAGGAUCCGACAUUGAAAUUCAAAAAAAACAUUUCAGUUCAAACCCAGGGCGCACACUCGUCUCAAACACCCCAAAUGCUAGAUGACCACGAUGACAACAUGCUAGCACUAAGCCUGGCCUCUAUGGCGAGUGGCGCUUCUUCUCCCCGAUACCCUCUGCCUCCAAUACAACCAAGGCCGUACUCUCCGGCUGGGGCUGGGGACACCAUGUUGGCAUCAGGACCAAUUUACGAACAGAGCAACCCAUUCAGCUACUACUCGUCUUUUAAAAGUGCAGUUAACUCACCACAACCGAGUUCUCCAGGCCUUUCAAACCUUCCUUUCAUAAAAAGGCUCAAAAGUCCCAACAGGGUUACUCUCAAUAUCUCGCGAGAAUCUUCAAGAAGCCCGGUUUCGUUGAAUGGCGAAUUCAAGUCUCCACUAUCAACUAAACUACCCACAAAUGGAGCAACGGCAAUGAACUCCAAUCUGAGUCAGACAACCACGAUAGAUAGGUCAUCUCCCUCUUCACCUGCGGAGUCAAAGCCACCAAUUCCAGAUUCACCCAAGAGGCCGGUCACUCAGUCGAAAAUAAGCUCGGAUGAGAUCAUAGUAUCUGAUAAGGGCAAAGUAUACGUUUGUCAAGAGUGCAAACGUCAAUUUUCUUCUGGCCACCAUCUCACACGGCACAAGAAAUCGGUUCAUUCUGGAGAAAAACCCCACUCUUGUCCCAAGUGUGGAAAAAAGUUUAAGAGGCGCGAUCAUGUACUACAGCAUCUGAACAAAAAGAUACCUUGCACGGCCGAUGGCGGUGAGAGUCCACCACUCAAGUCCGCGGAUAGUAGGGAACUUAUGGUUGAAAGUGGCGGAGAGCGGUAUGUAGAGUCCUUCAGUGACACCGCUCUGCGAAAUGUUUAG